AUGUAGGUAUGUUGACAUUGUAUCUGUAUUUUUAUAUGUAUGUAUGUGUGUUUCUGUAAACGUAUGGGUCCAUAAACAAAAUAUAUAACACCCAUUGUGUCCUUACUGAAUUCGGGCUCUAGAUUCAUCCUUGCACCCUCAUUUACAAAAUAUUUCUCAUUAUUUACAUACAUACUAUUUACAUACUAAAUAUGGCUUUAUUUGCUUUAGGUGCAGACCUAAAUGCAAAUUAUUAUAAUACCUGAGAAAAUGAAUUGGGGAAAUCCUAUUUAGCAUCUCAGACAUGAAGGCCAGUUAUAAAGUAAUCUGGUACUUAUAGUUAGUGUUUUUAUCUCACCAGAUGUAUAUCCUUUAUACUAGUUUGAGUCCUUCUGAAUUGUUCUUUAGUUCACAUGUUAGUUUGAUCCUGGCCCCACUCUGUCUUUUGGUUUUGGUUUUGUUUCUUUUUAUUUUUUUUUAUUUUUUUUUUGGUUUAUAUUGGCUUAGGCAUUUUAGUAAAAUGUAUUGAACUAACAUUAUGUAACAUGUAUGCCACUUCAUGAUACUCAAUGCAUAGUGACGCAUUAUGUCUUAUGCUCAAAGUCUUAUAAUUCCCCCCUUUUUAUAUGCUACCAUAUCACCUUCUCUUCUGUAAUCUAUUAAUUACUUUUACAAAAACUAAUAAAGCUAAUAUUUGCUCCUGACUCAUCAAUUCCAGGCAUGAAAAAAUAGAUAAAAUAGUAACUAAAGAAUAGUGCCAAGACAAUCAGUGCAUUACAGAGUCAAUAACAGGCAGUGAGCAAGCAAUUUUAAUGAACCACUCUGAGCAUCAUAACCACUGCAGUAUGGUAUGACUAAUUAGAUCAAUUUAAAACCACCAGGCAUCAAUAUCUGCCUCAUUUCAGAUGGAAGUAAAAUCCAGAAGCUCCUACCAGGUGCUUCCAUUACUUCAUCUGAGCUAAGCCCUGCAGUUGAGGGUCAACUCAUUAGCUAAGAGCUGAUCAAUCUCAACCAAUGAGCUAAGCCCUGCACUGUCUGGCUUACUUUAAAGACAAGAGUUUCCAACUGAGAAGAGCCAGGCAACGGAUCCAAGGUAAGUCAAAACAUUACUAAAUAUUACAAAAUGGUUUGACUACUGAUAGAGACUUGAAUCAGGCCACUCAUUCUACAUAUUCAUUACAGCAUACUUUAGUAGUUAGCGUUCUUAGAGUAUUCAUUUAAUAUAGGCAUAUAAACAAAUGGAAAGUCCACAUUUCAAUCUUCAAUUUUGAUGAAUUGUGAAAAAGUCUAUGGGCUGUUUUAAAUGAGGAGCUAAGAAAGACAAAGUUUGCAGAUAAACAUAUAUAAAAAGAAAAAUAUAUUAAAACAAAAAUAUAAAAAUGUUUUUCUAAAUAACCAUCAGCUGUCACUAUUCAAUAUCUUUUAGUAGUUGCUGCUAUUUCUUUGUGUCUGCUAUUCUUUGUGUCUAAUAUAAAGCAUGCCUGUGUAGUUUUUUUCUUUGUGAAAUAAACAAAUGUUUCAAUAAAUUUGUUUCUAGUUUUCAUCACAGUUCUGAAUGCAUCACUCAUUCAGUGUGUUAUAUAUUAUUUGACAACUAAAUAGAGCUAUAACAGGGAAAUUUUACUUAUUUAAAAAACUGCAGUUCGCGUGCAUAGAGAAUUUUCAACAUGUAGGUACCAUAGAGAACUUAAAGAGAACACGUUUUACUCUGCAAUUCUGUUAUCUAUUUAUGGGUAUAUUUAGGAAAAAGAUUUUUUUUUUUUUUUAUAAUACAGAUUACUAGGUAAACUAUAGGCAUAGAAUGUGCAUAAUGGUCAGGCUAUGUUAACAGCUUUCUGUAGAACUGCAGAAAAGUUUAAAAACAUAAGAAAAAAAAAACAACCAAAAGAAUGGUACAUCUGAAUUGUUUGCAAGCUCGGUUCAUUUAAAGAUUUCACAAUAGUGGGUGGUGUAAUUACAUUCAAAAACAAAGAAGCAUUAGGAAUGAGUUUUCAGUAAUGGAUGCACCCCACAAAUGCAUUUACUGCAUCUCUUCAAGCAAUGUACUGCUUUCCACCAAGGUUAAAUGCUAUUUGUUUCUUAGGAGCAUGCAUAUUUUGGAGUAGAGUUUAACCCCUUAAGGACAGAGCCAAAUGUACACGUUGUGAACGAAACAAAAAGUAAACAAAACCUGGCAUUUGCGCUACAUGUCUGUCCAACCGUAAUUCACCUCUUUCAUAUUAAAUACACCCACCCUUAUUAUAUAUCAUUUUAUUCAGGGGAAACAGGGCUUUCAUUUAAUAUCAAAUAUUUAGCUAUGAAACAUAAUUUAAUAUGAAAAAAAUGGAAGAAAAUAAGAUUUUUUUAGAUUUUUUUAGUUCUACAUGACAUUUUAACGGUCAAUGUCAUAAUACUGUUUGCUUUUACUGCAAUAAAAUACACAUAUUUGUAUUCAGCAAAGUCUCACGUGUAAAACAGUACCCCCUAUGUACAGGUUUUAUGGCGUUUUGGGAAGUUACAGGGUCAAAUAUAGCACGUUACAUUUGAAAUUCGCCAGAUUGGUUACGUUGCCUUUGGGACUUUAUAGUAGCCCAGGAAAGAAAUUUACACCCAUAAUGGCAUAUCAUUUGCAAUAGUAGACAACCCAAGGUAUUGCAAAUGGGGUAUGUCCAGUCUUUUUUAGUAGCCAUUUGGUCACAAACACUGGCCAAAGUUAGCGUUAGUAUUUGUUUGUGUGUGAAAAUGCAAAAAAUGCCAAUUUUGGCCAGUGUUUGUGACUAAGUGGCUACUAAAAAAGACUGGACAUACCCUGUUUGCAAUACCUUGGGUUGUCUUCUUUUGCAAAUGGUAUGCCAUCAUAGGGGUAAUUUUCAUUCUUGGGCAACCAUAGGGUCUUAAAGGCAACGUAACCAAUCUGGCGAAUUUUAAUGUGAAAAAUAUGAAACACAAGCCUUAUAUUUGACACUGUAACUUUUCAAAACACCAUAAAACAUGUACAUGAGGGGUACUGUUGUACUCGGGAGACUUCGCUGAACACAACUAUUUGUGUUUCAAAACAGUAAAAAGUAUUGCAGCAAUAAUAUCAUCCUUGUAAUUGCUGUUUGUGCGUGAAAAAUGCAAAAAACGUCACUUUUACUGGCGAUAUCAUCGUUGUAAUACACUUUACUGUUUUGAAACACUAAUAUUUGUGUUCAGCAAAGUCUCCCGAGUAGAACAGUACCACCCAUGUACAGGUUUUAUGGUGUCUUGGUUAAAUAUAGUGCUAGAAAAUUAAAUUCCCUUUACUUUCGGCAUUGGGUUGUCAGGCAGGUCCCGCUAAUUGUAAUUAAUUAAGAUACCUAAUUAUGUAAAAAUAUUAUAUGUAGGAGGGGGCGUGUCCUGACCGCGCAUGUGAGCGGACGUGCAGGAACGGAGCUCUCCCGGCCCGCGGCAAUAAAGCAGCUAUCACAGCCUGAAUAACCCUUCAAAACGAGCAAUAACCUACUACACCCUCAGGUAAACAUCUCUGCUCCUGAUGGCCACGAAAAAAUUUAAGCAAAAAACCCUUAAUCCUCACCUAAAACGGUCACAAACCACGGAGCCUAAAAUCCAAGAUGGCGCCGACGGAUGGCACUCGCCUGCCCACAGCAAUGAUACAGGAGAAUGCCUGUCAGAGCACAGCAGUCCAGCAACAAAUGCCUCAAUCAGGCUAAUUAUGCAGGAGCUCCAAACCUCAUUUAAGGCUGACCUCCUUCAGAUGACCGCUGACAUCAAAGCAGACAUCCAUAGCAUGGGGGAGCGUACUACCCGCCUGGAAGACAGGGCAGACGAACUGGUGGAGGCACAUAAUACAAUAACAGAGGCCUACACAGACUUAGAACGCAAACUAAAAUCCUUGGAAGAAAAGGUGGCCGACCAAGAAGACAGGAGCAGACUAAAUAAUAUCCGUAUAAGGGGUAUACCAGAGACCAUUUCACAACAAGAUUUACCCAGGUACGUCAAAGACCUGUUUAAAACCCUGAUCCCUUCUCGGUCUGAAUUCGACUUGAUCCUGGACAGGACCCACAGACUCCCAAAGCCUAAACAUCUCCCGCCGGACACUGCGAGAGAUACGAUCAUGAGAGUACACCAUUUCACUGUCAAGGACAGAAUCAUGCAGACUUCCAGGACCAUGAACAAAUGGCCGGAAUUAUAUAAAGAUAUCAAGCUGUUCACUGAUCUCUCUUCGGCGACCAUGCUCAAACGCCGAGCCUUUGCACCGAUCACAGAGGCACUAAGAAACGCGAAUAUCCCCUACAAGUGGGGCUUUCCUACGAAGCUACUAAUUAAAAGAAACGGCGUAGACAAGCCCAUCAUGACUCCGGAAGACGGCAAAAAGGCGCUUCAGGAAUGGAACAUACCCUUCCUAUCUACUAGCCCCAGGAAGAAACAAGCAACGGCCCAAGUGCCAAAGGCGCUGUCUAAAGACUGGUCACGAGUUCACAGGGCCCCCCCAAGCACGCGUGGACCCGGACAAGUCACCGACCUGAAAGAUCCGGACUCAACGCCACACCACGCCCUCCAAUGAACUUAACGUACAGGUUUACACUGUUUCUGUUUUAUGUUAUUAUUGUAAGUUUACCCUAAGAUACCCAAUAAGGGUUUAACAGAAGGCCACAGGCCUAGCCGCAACGGGUGAGCGAUACCCGACAGCACUACACUCGACCUAAGUUAUUGUUGAUCCCCUACACAUAAGGAUCCAGUCACCACACCCAGUGUGGUACACCCCCAAGGCUCUAGUAGCCCAACUUCUCCGUUGCUUCAGGCAACCAUAUGUCACCAAACCGUGACUUACGGAAUGUUGUAUAUAGUUUCUCCCCCUGUUUUCCCUUCCUCCUCCGCACCACUCCCCCGCUGAGAGUACUCUGCAAGCACAGCAUAAUUGAUGUACAAGGUUGCAAAAUACCUAGAUCCCCCAGGCACACGAACCCCAUGGGUAUCCUUCGACGCUGCCAGGUUAGGGUAACCACUAGCUCGAUUAAGAAACACAAACCCCUGCCACAGCACCCUACACGUUGGAUAGAUGGUGAUUAAGCUCAUGUCCCUAAAUACCAAGGGGCUCAACUCCCCCAAUAAGCGGAGACUAGCCUUGCAAGAAGCGAAAAAAUGUGGGGCCCAAGUGGCAUUUUUCCAAGAGACCCAUUUCAAAUGGAACUCUAGACCCAAAUUCACCUCAAAGUGGUAUCCUCACGAUUUCCACACAUGUUACUCAGCUAAGAAAAGAGGAGUCUCCACAGUGAUCAGCAAAGAUGUGGCAUUCUCUUUAGUUAGGAAAAUUAGUGACAAAAAAGGUCGAUAUUUAAUUUUACAAUGUAUGUUGAAUAAUGCACCGUAUACUCUGAUCAAUGUAUAUAGCCCUAACGAAAAUCAAAACGAGUUUUUGCAAAUGAUCCUGGCUCUAACUGAUAUGUAUAGUCAUGGGGAGGUGAUCAUUGGAGGCGACACAAAUUGUCUAUUGGACAGCAGACUAGACUCCUCCACCACAGCCCAUAUCAAGAGUUGCACACUCAGACACAGAACUACACUAACAACAAAAAUAUGCUCCACACUGACCGCAGCCCGCAUGGUAGACCCAUGGCGCAUUUUACACCCAACAGACAUAGAUCACACAUGCUACACAGCAGCCCACAACAGCUACUCUCGGAUAGAUAGAUUCCUCAUACCCACCACAUCGAUGGCCCAAAUAGAAGGAGCGACAAUUGGGGUAAUGACGUGGUCCGACCAUGCUCCCAUUACGCUUAGCAUUAAAGAAGCGUUUACCAAUAAAGGAUCCGGCUCCUGGAGACCUAAUGAAUCCCUUCUAGCAGACCCAGCAAUAGUAUCCCAGAUAACGAAAGAUCUACAAAAUUAUAUGGCGGAAAACACGACCGCUGAUUCCGCAAUCGAACAAAUCUGGCUGGCACAUAAGGCGGUCAUACGAGGCAGUUUUAUAAAACAUGCCAGCUACGCUAAAAAGCAGAGAAUGGCCGAGUAUACUAAUCUCUUGGAAGAAAUCCGAACCCUAACACAUUCAAACAAAAGAGACCCAAACCCAGCCACAAAAACAAAACCUCUAGCUCUCCAAAACAAGCUAAACAACAUUGAACUAGCCAAAACAACAUACCUACUCAGGAAACUGAAACACAAUUUCUUUACGAGUGGCAACAAAGCUGGUGCAAUACUGGCAUCACAACUGAAAAAAAGGAAUGUCGCCUCCAGGAUCGCCUUCCUAAAUAACCCCAAGGGCACAAAGGUAACGAACCCCCAAAACAUUGUAGACCAAUUCGCUCAAUACUACGGCGAACUAUAUAACCUCAAACAAGACCCCAAUGUGAACAUACCAACCCCAGACAAAAUAGAUGAUUUCCUAGCUGCCUUGGACCUACCCAAACUGACAGAAAACGACCUAGCACCCUUGACAAGACCCUUCUCUCUAGACGAACUCACGAAAGCCAUUUCUCAACUCCCAGCACACAAAUCACCGGGCCCCGAUGGCUUAACAAAUGAAUACUAUAAAACUUUCUCACCAACCAUAGCGCCACUGCUCCUUCAACUAGUCAACAAAUGUGCUACGGCAGGUGCGCUCCCAGAAGAAAUGCUCUUGGCACAUAUCUCUACUCUCCCCAAACCCGGCAAACCCCCUACACAAUGCAAAAAUUUCCGGCCUAUAUCCCUUCUAAAUGGAGAUGCCAAGCUAUACGCGAAGCUACUCAGUAACCGACUCGCCCCCCUCCUGCAUAAAAUAAUCCACAACGACCAAUCUGGGUUUAUCAGAGGCCGCCAGGGCUCGGACAACACCAGGAAAAUUUUAAACAUGAUCUCCACAUUGGAGUCCAACAGAUCAUCAGGCCUCCUCCUCACCUUAGACGCGGAGAAGGCCUUCGAUCGCCUAAAUUGGGCCUAUAUGACUAAAGUUUUAGCACAAUUUAACUUUCCAGAAUCCACCAUAACUAGCAUUAUGGCUCUAUACCAUCGCCCAGCAGCAAAGGUAUCACACAGAGGGUUCCUCUCCGCUGCAUUCUCCAUCACAAAUGGCACCCGCCAGGGAUGCCCCUUGUCACCCCUUCUGUACAUACUUGCCCUAGGACCCCUGGCACAAAAGAUCCGAACACACCCCGAGAUACUAGGAGUCAAUAUCCACAACAAAAUGUACAGUCUAGCCUUGUUUGCCGAGGACAUAUUUAUAGCACUGUCAGACCCACGACGCUCUCUUACUCCCCUGUUAGACCUCCUACAGAAAUUUGGCGAUAUCUCCUACUACCGCCUAAACCAAGACAAAACCCAAGCCCUACCAAUAAACCUGCCAAAGCCCUUGCUGGACACACUCCAGACCUCCUACCAGUUCGACUGGAAACCACACUCUAUCACAUACCUGGGAAUAAAGAUAGCACCCACAAUUUCUGCCACUUCACAACUAAACUACAAACCUCUAAUAACACUAUGUAAAGUGGAAAUGAACAGAUGGAAACACGCAAAACUCUUGUGGUUAGGAAGAAUUAACACAUACAAAAUGAUGAUCCUGCCACGUAUUCUUUAUAUUUUUAGGAUGAUACCGUUAGGGAUCACGCCCCAAUUUUGUAAAGCACUACAAAAAUUAUGUGGCGCUUAUAUCUGGAGCGGGAAAAGACCCCGGGUAUCCUUAGCACUUCUCCAGACCGCUCCACGACUUGGAGGAGUGGGUCUCCCAAACCUGAGGCAAUACCACAGAGCAGCGAUUCUCUCCACGGGCAUACUCCUUCACGCUACACCAGGCACAUUACAGUUGGUGGACAUGGAAAGAACACAAUUUACAGUCAUGUCUCUAACCGACUACCUAUGGACACCGAGGAAGUUUAGAACUAAACGCACAGACCUGUUCUCAACCACACAACUCACAAUAUCCAUAUGGGACACCUUUAUGGAGACUAUAGGCCACAAGGACACACUACACGCCAAAUCCCCAAUCUCAGUCUUGAGAACAAUAGUACCCAACAUUCCCCUUAAGGACUGGAACACAGCAGGAGUGGCAACAAUAUCACAGCUCUUAGACACCAAAGGCAUAAUACCAUUCCCAGUCCUACAAACGCAGUGGCAACUCCCAAACAGAGCUAUCUUUUCUUACCUACAACUAAAAAGUGUGAUACAAGCACACACACCUUCACUGCAUACAUCACUAAACGCGACUAGACUCACUUCUCACUUACUCCUAGACAGAUGCUGGGCAACACCCACAAAACCCAAAACACUUACGCUAUGUUACAAGGCAUGGCAAGAACUCUCAACACCCACAUCGCACCCCUAUAAACUCCACUGGGAGACAGACUGUGGGACAGCACUGACGGACUACGACUGGCUACGCGCCCUCAACGGUCUCUCUAAAUGGACAAAGUGCUACACGCACGUUGAGGCCCACAAAAAACUCCUCUACCGUUGGUACAUGACCCCACAGAGACUCCACCGCAUAUACCCCAAUACGCCCAAAACUUGCUGGAGGUGCAACGCAACUACAGGAACCUUGGAGCAUCUGUGGUGGUCUUGCGGCAGUAUCCAACCACUUUGGACCGCCGUAUCAACGACACUAGACCAACUUCACAUCCCUAAAUUCCAACUGUCGAAAACCUCGUGUCUCCUGCUCCUACUCCCAGCCAACCUCACCCUAGCACAAAAACAGAUUGCAGCUCUUACUAUACUGGCGGCAAGGAACUUGCUAGCACUACAUUGGAAAUCACAGACCUGCCCAUCCUUAGCCCAACUCCAAACCAAACUCACUCAAUACAAAAUCUAUGAAAGAAUGGCAAUAGUAUCCCCACAAAAGAAACUUGCAUUUGAUGUGGGCUGGGGAGACUGGGAGGGGGCGGUGGACGAAAAGGGAGGUGUACCCAGGCAAAAUAUGUGACACAGUACACAGAAAAAAAAAAAAAAAAAGCAACAGUUGACAACUUCCUAACGAAUGCAAUAAGACCUGUUCUCUGAUGAGGACAGGACUCAUACAGUACACAAACGGUACUUGUACCACACUCUACCAGUACUCUCUCCCACUCCCCUUCCCCUCCCUCACCCCCCCCGUGCCUAACCAGCCCCCCCCCACCCCCUACCAAGUUUUCGCCCUACCAUAGGGGCUACCCACUUAUACACCAACGCACUCAUCAAAAAUGAGGCUUGACUCCGGCACUUCCCAACCCGCAAACCUGGGACUAAUUGACACAAAGAACCACCACAGGCCGUACAGCCUACAAUAAUAACUACGUCGGCUGAACAGACCACUCACGCUCAUAACCUUGGUUACGGGAGGAUUCCCUGGCAUGGCUCUCACUUAAGAGCCAGACCACAUAGACGCUUAGGCGACAGUGUACACAAUCUAACAGUUAAGCAGCUUAUGCAUAUACCCAAUUUACUGUGUCGAAAUGCAUGUAUGUACCAAUCCCCCCUGUAUUCCCUCAGGUUCUGCAAAAUCUGCGGAUGUGAUGGUUAUGUAAAAUGCUGAAACCUUGUAUCCCCCCGCUAACAUACCCUUUUUCCUUCUGUACCCCUGACCACAUAUUGAAGAAAUAAUAAAAUACAAAUCUGAAAAAAAAAAAAUAUUAUAUGUAGAAUUAAUAUAUGUAUAUAUAUAUAUAUACGUAUGUGAAUAUAUAUAUAUAUAUAUAUAUACAUAUAUAAUUUUUUUUAAAUCUUUUUAUUUAUAUAUAGGUAUAUAUAUAGUGAUAUAUACGUAUAUAUUUAUGUAUAUAGAUAUAUAUAUUAUUUCGUUCUACGUGUAUUUAUAUAUAUUAAUAUCACAAUACAGUUAGAACGAAAUAACACACAUCUAUAUAUUUUGUAAUAAUUUUUUUAAAUAAUUUUUUUAAUUUUAUUUUUUAACGUAUUUACAUAUUUAAUUUUUUUAUAUUAUAUAUAAAUAUAUAUAUAACAAUAAUUAUAUAUAUAUUUAAUCAGUAUCAGUCUACGUGUAAUUUGAUAUUAAUAUAUAUAUAAAAUACACCUAGACAGUAUAUGUGUGUGUAUGUAUAUGUGUAUAUUUGUGGUCACGGCAUAAAGCUGUAGUAUUAGUAACAUAAAGACAAACAGGGAAUGGAAAUGUCAGUUGUGGUGUGCCGGAACUGACGAGGCAGUAGGCCUGAAAUAAAAGAGGGCCUACCUUAUGAAGUGCUAAAAAGGAGGUGUGGUGGGAGGGGCAACUCGCCAGACCUAACAGGUAAUGAGGGAAGGGCUGAUGUUCCUUAAGAAGGGGAACCAAGCCCCUCCCACAACUUCAGGCCAUGCCUUCCAUUUGUGGUCACGGCAUAAAGCCGUAGCAUUAGUAACAUAAGACAAACAGGGAAUGGAAAUGUCAGUUGUGGUGUGCCGGAACUGACAAGGCAGUAGGCCUGAAAUAAAAGAGGGCAAAAAAGAUAUAACCAGUUUAUUCAUCCUACAAAUAUAUCAUAGCAUAUCACAUAUUCAUGGUCUUGAAUGCUAAGCACAUUUCUUGUAUUGGCUGAGGGAUGUAUCUUGUGUAAGCCGUGGAUUUCCAACGGCCUCAAAUUUUAAUUAUGUGAGCCGGGAUAUUCUUCUUAGAAGCUGUAGUGGCGGCUCCUAUUCUAAAUGAGUGGCCAGAGUAAUUUGCUGAGUUUAAUCCUAAACGGACCAACAACAUCCUAACAUACACCAUGAAUUUACUUGUUGUUAGCUUGUUACCGUGUAACGUAAGGAGUGGUUGUGUAGGGGCUAUGGUACAAGAAGAGAGGUAUUUGUCGAAAACUUCCACCGGACACCAAUUAUUGUUAGUGGGGUAAUAGGUGAUAGUGACAGUCUGUCCUUUAGCAGUAGUUUUGGUAUGGUGUAGGGUAGCACGUAGUGAUCUAGUACUUUUACCAGAUUUGACCUAGUGAUGAAGUCAGGGGAGUUAUAGUUAGUGGUGGUGAACUCUUUGGGCCUAAGAAAACCGUAAAAAGCCAAAUAGAUGGCUGUUUUAAUUACACGGUUUGUAUGGGCUUUGAAUGGUGAGGUGUCUAGCAGAUUGAAUAGUGACUGAAACAAAAGAUUGUGAAUGGGUAGUCUGGACGGUGAGGGUAUAGAGGUGGAGUCUUUAAUACCUUUUAACUUGGUAGGAUGACAGAAAUCGUUGUCUAUUAGGCCAGGUUGUGAGGAUGUGACGUUGAAUACCUGUGACAUACAACUUAAUGGUGUUAUAUGAUAGUGUCAGAUGAAGGUGGCAAAAAUAAAUAAAUGCGAUGAUAGUCUCAAUGGAGAAUUGGUCAGUGACAUUAAAGUCCAGCAAGAAUUUAUUGAACACAUGAUAAGCUCUGCCAUAUGCUUUCCUGGUGUUAUUGGAAAGACCGAGUUGCGAAAGUUGUUGCCCGUGAUAGAGCAAUUCUUUUAGUCCCAAACCAAUUCCUGCAACUGAGGUGCUGGAGUCGGUGUCGGGGUAGCUGUUGGUAGUGCUGCCCGGAACUCCUGAAACCGAGACCAUGAUAAUUGAUCAGCAGCGAUAUUGAGCACCCCAGGAACAUGAAUGCAAGUUAAAAGAAAACUGUGUUUAGCAGCUAGCCAAGUGAGAGUCCUCAUAAACCGCAUGAUGGCCAGGGAAGAGGAACAACCCUUGUUUACAAUAUGGCACGUUGCCAUGUUGUCAGAGAAGCAAUGCACCGUCUUCCCAGACCAGCCAGCUCCCCACUUAACUGCUGCUGCCACAAUGGGGUAAAGUUUGAAUAAGGCUGAUGUGUCUUUGAACUUGGGGAUUGCAGUAAUUUCCCCUGGCCACUUACCCCACAUCCAUUCAUUGCCACAAAUAGCUGCGAACCCUGAUGUGGCAGCGGCAUCCGUCCAUAAUGACACUGACUUAUCUGACCAUACCGGGAUAAAAAUGCUUUUCCCAUUCCAAUUUAGCAAAAAUUCUCUCCACAUAUGUAGGUUAGCGGUGGCAUGUAUGUCUAACGUAAUGCGGGUGGUAUCAGAGUGAAACAGGGGAAAUAGCCUAAGCAAACGGGAUAUGAACGCUCUCCCCUGUGGAAUUAAUUUCAUGGGAAAUUUAGGGAACCCAACAGGGAUUGUAAUUCUUUCCUAUUACACAAGCCACCUGCUAGGUAAAGAUCAAUGGCUGCUAGGAUGCGAUUAAUCUUCUCCCCGGGGAGGCUAGCCUGCAUAUGUACAGAGUCCAGUACCACUCCCAAGAAGUUGAUGAUCGUAUCUGGACCUUCAGUCUUUGCUGGUGAAACAGGUACCCCUAGUUGUGUGAACAGUCGCGUUACGGACAGAAGGCUACUAGGAGGUACCAGGUUCCUUUCUAUGGUCAGGAAGUCGUCCAGGUAAUGUAUUACGGUUGGGCAUUUACAGAUGUUAAGCAGCAUCCAGCACAACGUCUCAGCAAAUAUAUCAAAAAUCCUGGGGCUGCUCUUAGAACCAAAGGUGAGGCGUGUGAAAAAAUAAUACGAACCUUGCCACUUAACACCAUGUAAAUGCCACAGGGAAGGGUGGAUAGGGAGUAACUUAAAGGCGUUCACAAUAUCAGUUUUACUCAGCCAUGCCCCUACCCCGGCAGAGAGGAUGGCAGUGAUGGCAUUAUCUAUGGUCGCAUAUUGGAGGGAAAAUUCUUCUGAUGGAAUAAGAGAAUUGAGACUUGGGGUAGGUGAUGCAUGGGGAGCAGAUAGGUCGAGAAUUAACCUAUGCUUAUUGGAGGAUUUGUUAGUGACCAGUCCUAUGGGAUUAGUUCUCCAGACCGCGAAAGGCGGGGAGACGAAAGGGCCUAUUACGAAACCUUGGUCGACUUCCUUCUGGAGGAUUAGGUUCAUAGUGUCUGGAGCUGCUAGGGCUGUCUGCAAGUUUUUACAUUCCAAGAUUCCCGUAGGCAUGUGAAUAAUACCCGUGUGAAGCCCCAAAGUAAAUCCUGCUACCAAAAACUCGAGAUGUCGCGAUGGGUGCUCACACAAAAGCUUUUCCAGUAGAGAGACAUUAAGAGAUGAUAAAUACUGCUUAGGAUAUAAUUUAUUGAGGCACAUUACUUUUGAGUGAGCCCUGAAACAUUUUGAGCAGACGUGAAGCAGUCUACAGGCACUGUAUCUGCAAGUGCCAGUGUUAAAAUUGUUACAGACUUGCGAUUUUCCCAAAAACACUAUAUCACGGCCUAGUUUGUCUUUCAGACCUCUGCCUGUUCUCCCAGUGGGCAUCAUGUUAGUAGGGGGAAAAACAGCAUUCACCUUGGGAGAGUUAGGGCACAGAUUAGCCAUGUGGGAGUUGGACAAGCAAAUGGCACAAGCUGGGGUUUUGAGGCCCGCAAAGUGCCGACAAAAAAGCUAUGUAUUAAGCACACCCCAAUCAGUUUGAUGAUUAAACUGAGUAAGAGAGGCCGACGCCUUCGCGGAAAAGGCACAGUGUUAGUCGUAAAAGGACGUACCACCGUACUUGUGCCCCAAAUCCACCAGCUUGUGGAGAUAAAGGUCCAACUCUUCUCUCCUAUCCGGAUAUACUGAGCAAAUCACAUCUCUGUAUAUCCCGAAAGCUAACACAAAUUCGGGGAUAGAUAGCUUCCGAUUUAACCUAGGGUCCCUAGAUUAUCUGCAUCCAACUUGUCAAGUUUAUUGGUAAUACAGCCCAAAGAGGUGAGGACUGAGGACAAAACAGUAUGCAGAUCAGAAGACUGGCUGCCACUGGACCCGCAAGGACCUCACUCUCACAUGGCCGGGGGGGCUUCCAGGGGGUCAGACGUGCUGUGGGGGGCUCCCUGGGAGUCCCCCCAACCGCGAUCGCCAGCGUGGGAUCGUCAGCAACCAGGUAAGUAUAGAAAGACCGGAGGGUGUACUAUUACGCCCGGCGGCGUUUAGAGCCGCCUAAAAUAGGGCGUAAUAGUACGCCCUCUGGUCUUAAGGGGUUAAGCAAUAGAUUCCCAACAAAAUGAGUAACAGGUAUUGGCUGUAAUCAAAAUAAUGCUUUUGUUUGAAUGUUUAGUUUACGCAAUUUGUCUUUUGUACUAAAUGCAUAAGACCAUUUUGUGUGUGUCUAAUAACAGUUUCAUCCAGCCUUCAAAUUACUGGCAGUGUAAUUCAUCUAUCAACAUGUUAAUAAUAAAGUAAUAUUUUUAUAACCUGCAGUGCAAAAUAAAGCUAUCAAGAGUUUUUUUUACAUACUUUUUUUUGUUUUACCAACAGGUACCAGUAAAUAUGUUAAUGAGAAGUCAGAACAUGAAAUUCUGUGUUUCUUGAUACAGUUGCUUGGAGGAACACAACUAAACUAAAGUCACUUCAAAAAUUGAAAUGGAACAGACCCUCGUUGCUUAUGUGGCAGUAUGAGGCUAAAAUUGACAGGGUGAAUGCAGGAAUCAUCAAAAAGGCUUUGAACUAGCACGAGCAAUUUACAAAGCUGGUUUUCAAGCACAGUGGUAUAAGAAUAGCAGAUUACUGUAUACAACUUGUCUAAGGGUUUGUAUGAUAGAGUUGUGCAAGAGUAUAUGUGCAACAUUAGAAACCAUUGUGAGAUGCGCGGUGCACUUGUACUGGUUUAAAGUGUGCAGGCAGCUAUGCUACGGGAUGCAUGCUUGCAGUGUGACAUGUGGUCAUGACAAAUUCUAAAUAGGAGCAAAUUGGACCUGUAUAUAAUUAAUUAGGAGUCAAAUACAGAUGUAUAAGUGGCAAAGACCCCCAAAAGGGACAUCUUCACUUGGCUGUGGGGGGGCAAUGAAAGGUACAUACAUAUAUCUGAAGCAGUCUCUUGGCUACAAUCAUAUUUUACUGAUGACCACUCAUGCAUGAGACUACAACACUGAGGUCUAUGGAGGAUCACACAAGACCACAAGAGUCUCCAAUGACCACAUUUCUGUGAUGAACAAGACAAUACCUGAAUUCUAUUAUCACUGGCAAUGGAUGCUUAGUUUGUACAAAUUCGAGAGCACCUUUUGUCAAAUUUUGAUAUCAUCAAGAUCUGUUAUAAGACAAUGUAGUCCGUAUUUUGUCUUAUGAUAUCUUUAAAUUGCUUUGUAAUUUAAAUAACAUUCCAUUGCAGUCAGUAUUUCAUAAAUUUAUUUCCUUAUUCAUAUUCAUGUCAGAAUCACAUAUGGGUUAAGCUCCUCCCUCUCAGCUAGGGCAGGAAUACUAAAUUUAAAUUUGAAGGAUAUUUUAAAAGGACACAACUCCUCAUUACCAUCAGUCUUGUUUUCAUUAAAUCCAGCUGUUAGGCUGUACAGUUUUUCUUUUAAGGUUCACCUGCUAUUUUAGUUUUUCGAUAUGGCCCUCCUAGGGAGUUCAGCCUCUUUCCCAAGAGAUUAACUUAGAUACAUCCCAAGCCAUUUAGGACUCCCUGGGUUGAGGUUACUGAUAAUAGCUCAAAGCAACUGACGAUAUGGUGCUAAUAUUUACUCAUAUACAUUCAUUGUGGUGGUAAGGAAGCCAGAAUUGUCUCCUUCAGUUAUAGCUCUUUCCUAUUGCAGACUCACUUUUUAGGCACUGUUUGAAUUACUCACCUUUGCCUUUGCCUGGUGUUCUGAUUUGCGAGUACCAAUGUGGUCACCAGCAUCUCUAGGAGUGUCUCUGGGCACUCUCCGGGGCAGCCUUUGAGUGGUUGCUUUUGGAACAUCUAUUGUGGCCUCUGGCAUACAGGGAGAUGGUGUGCCCACAUGCUUUUCUCUAAUCACAGCUAUCUUAAUUUUGCCACAAUUGACAUUUUUAAAAUGGCUACUCUGUGUCUUCCAGAACACUGUACACAAGCAUCCUUAAUGUGCCAGUUAGGUAUUUAAAGAGCACUUAAGGAUGCUCUUGAUGGUACAGGAAAGGAAAAAUCUUGUUUUUGUUUUAUUCUUGUUUGUUGAUUUCUUUGUUAUUAACUUUAUUUCUAAAAUGUGGGUGAUUACUUACAGUUUGAGGUUUUCCUUAGAUAACAAUUUACCUUUGUUUUAAUUUACAGCACUUUCAACAUGGCAUCCUCUUCUUCUCCAUAAAGAGAGAGAAUUAGAAGUAAAAGAUGAGCUUUUAGCUUUUAUUACUUAAUAAAAGGGGGCCAUUGGCUACACACACACACACACACACCCACGUGUAUGUGUGUGUGGUCACCAUAUAUACUGGUAUAACCAAUGGCAUAAUAUAGUAUAUAAUAGAUAUAUAUAUAUAUAUAUAUAUAUAUAUAUAUAUAUAUUAUGUAUAUAUAUACAUAUAUAUAUAUUGCAGCAUGAGACAACCUGUAAGAAAAGGAUCUUAUCAUGAAGCAGAAAAAAAUAAAAGAUGUUACGUUGCCCAUCUACAGCAAUCGAGGAGAAGCAUUUUUGUACAGACUGCUUUAGAAUUAUGUAUACACACACAGGUUGUGGAAAGGUGGCGCUAUAGAAUUAUUAUAUUAAAGUGAAUUUAGCUGCUAUACACUCUGUGGGUACUCCUAAAAACCCAACAUACAUAGAAAUCACCAAAAACAAUGGAGGAAAUUUACAGAUUUAUCAGGUGUCUAUCCCUUUAAAUCCUCAAUUCCUGUGAGUGAAGCGCUUCAGUGUAAAUUUAAAUAUUGUGAAUAUAUAUAUGUAGUGCCAGAAAGCACUUACCAUCUAUACAAUGCUCGUAUUUCCGUAUACAUAUAUAAAGGGAAAAAAACAGAUAUAUACAAAUAAUAGUGCAAUAUGUCUAAAGAAUCAAUUUCAAUUAUAUAUGUGAGUUCGAAUGUAAAUUAACUCACAUUUUUUAGAGCCUUUUACAGUGGUAAGGCUCUAAACUUCCAAACGUCUGUGUCUUUUGGGUAGACCACACAACCCCUCUCUCUCAAUGAUGGACCGUCUGUUGUUCUCCAGAGUAUGUUAAGAUAAAACAGAGAAAAGCGUCCAAACUAAGUGUAGUAUUUAGAAUACCAACGUGUAUCAAUGUGGAUAAAAACCAGGAAAAGUGCUCACCUUUUUAAGAGCCUUUUUAUAACUGGCUCUAAGUAUGUAGGUUCAGUGUCAAAUUAUAGGGUGACACUAUCCCUUUCUUGAAUCACUUGUGCAGGAUGCAAUAGGUAUAAUAUAUAGCAAAUAUGUUUAUUAUCAGUAUUAAAAUAUACAGACUAUAUAUAAAAACAAAAAAAGGGGUUAUAUAAAAACAUAUAAGUAAUACUAAUGUAUUCAGUGGUGUAGCAUAAAUCCACUUGCAGCCAAAACGCGUUUCACCGAAAAUCGGCUUCCUCAGUCAGCUUCAGGACGUCUUCUGUCUUCCAUUGCUUUUAAAUCUUUCUUUACCCGCCAAAAGUUCCCUUUUUGCCGGUCCGCGGUGAUUUGCCGUGAUGCGCCCAAACUAGCGUCGCGUCACUUCCGGUUCGAUGUUACUACAUCUCCCAUAGUUCAUUGCGUUUGUAAAUGUCAUUUCCGGUUGUGGACCGCUAUGGUGAUGGGCAAUGAAGUCCUUGAUAUCGUCGUUUUUCAGUUCAUGUUCCAGUUCAUAACAGGCUCAAAAUAAAGAGCCGAAAUGGUGGGAAAAAGAUAUCAAAAGGGCAAGAAGUAUAUAUCAAUGUGCAGUAUUUCAUAUGCGGAUUUCAAAACUUAAAGUUAAAACAAUAUAUACCAUAUAUCUUAUAAACAGUGAUAUUUCUACACUUAAUAAACUUUUCUGUGAAUAAUUCUUUUUUAAAAAACAAGAAAAUAAAAGUGUUUUUGUGAACUAUUAUAUUCUGGGUUUCACAUUGUGCAUAAUAAACAUUUAAAAAGGGGGUAUUCAUACUAUGUUUCACUUAAAUCAUUUUUAAAAUGUAAACUUUUUUGCUUUAUUCCCAAAAUUAUAGCAGAUUGAGUUUAAAAACACCCUAAAGUGGUAUUAAUGUCUCUUGCAGUUGAUGAAUCCUGUCCUUCAGUAUAAUAUAAUAAAAAAUGAAAAGUAUGGAAUAGAAAAAUUGAAAUUAAAAAAGAAUGGAAAAAUGAAAGAUAAAUGAUAAAUAAAUAUAAAAAUAAAAUAAAAUAAAAAUAAAAAUAAAAAUAAAAUUAAAAAUAAAAAUAAAAAUAAAUGAAAAAAUAAUAAAUAAAAAUAAAAAUAAAAAUAAAAAUAAAUGAAUAUAAAAAUAAAAUUAAAAAUAAAAAUAAUAAAAAUAAAAUUAAAGUAAGUGAAAUAAAUAUGAAAUUAAAAUUAAAAAUGAAUGAAUGAAAAAUAAAUAAUAAAAUAAAAAUAAUAAAAAAUAAAUAAUAAAAUAAAAAUAAAAAUUAAUUAAAAUGGUAAAGGUAGAAACGUAGGAAAUUGGAUUUAAAUUAGGGUAGUAGAAAUGACUCGUAAAAAAUAAAAAUAGAUAAAGCAAGAUAUGCUAAAAUAAUAAGAAUGAAAUAAAAUAAAAUAAUUGUUAAAUAUAAAUAGAAAUAAAUUCUGUAUAUAUGUGUAUAAUAAUUAUAAAAAAUGACAUAGUUCAAAAUCUGCAUUAAGACCUAAGGGAGCUAAAGUAUUUAAAUUAAAAAUCCAUUUAGUUUCGAUUUUUCCCAGCUUCCUUAUUUCAUCCUCCCCUCUCCAGUUUAGUGUGACUUUUUGGAUGGCAUAAAAAUCUAAAAACUGUGGAUCUUUGUUAUGUACUAGUCUAAAGUGUUCUGAAACACUAUGUUUUUCGAAACCUUUUUUUAUAUUGCGUACAUGUUCAUUUAUUCUUACGUUUAAGGGGCGUUUUGUUCUUCCUACAUAAAGAAGAUUGCAGGAACAUUUCAAUAAAUAAAUGACUCUUUUUGAAAAGCAUGUAGUCAUUUCCUGUAUUUUGUAUUUCCUUUCCCUUUUGGAAUCGUAGAAUUCUGUAAUGUGUCUUUUUUCGUUCUUUGUACUCCUACAGGCUAGACACUGUCCACAGCCGAAGAAACCCUUAUUUUGAAAAAAAGGAGUGGGUGUCUGAUGUUUUAUAUGAUUCCGUACCAAUUUUUGUUUUAGGUUGGGAGCUCCUCUGUAGAUAAAUCUCGGUUUUUCUGGCAAUAUAGAGUGUAGCAUUGGAUCGUUCCUUAAAAUGGGCCAGUGUCUAUUUACAAUUCGUUUUAUUCUCUGGCUCUCUUGAUUAAAAUUACAAAUGAAAGGUAAGAUGUUUUUGUCGUUUUUUUCCUUUGAUUUGUAUUCUAGCAGUGAGGAUCUCUCCAUGGUUUCUACUUCUUUUAUAGUGCUCAUAAGGGAAUUUUCCAUAUACCCUUUUUCCAUAAAUUGAUUUUUAAUUCUAUUGGCUUGGGUCUUAAAAGUGCUCUGGUCAGUGCAAUUCCUACGGAUUCUCAUUAGUUGUGCUUUUGGGAUAUUUCUCAACCAGGGAGAAAAAUGACAGCUGUUUAAAAAGAUAUAGUUGUUAACGUCUACCUGUUUGAAAAAGGUCUUUGUCUUAAUGUGAUUGUCUUCUAUAAAAAUUGUAAGAUCUAAAAAAUUGACACUUUCUGUGCUAUAUUCCGUGGUUAGUUUUACUCCCCAAUCAUUUGAAUUCAAAAAAGCUAAAAAUGUCUUAAGUGAAUCCUCUGAACCAUUCCAAAUAAAAAAUAUGUCGUCUAUGUACCGCUUAUAGGAGACCAGGUUCGCUCUCCAGUUAGUAUUUUCAUUAAUAUAUUCUUCUUCCCAAAAUGCCAUAAAUAGAUUGGCAUAACUGGGAGCGAACCUGGUUCCCAUAGCGGUACCUACUUUUUGUAGAAAAAACUCAUCAUUAAACCAAAAGUAAUUGUUACUUAAAAUUAAUUCUAUUCCUUCAAUUAUGAAAUUAAUUUGUUCUUCUGGAUAAAGAUUUUCUUUCCUUAGAAAGGAAUUGGUGGCUUCUAUGCCUUUAGUGUGUGAGAUAAUUGGUUCAGAGGAUUCACUUAAGACAUUUUUAGCUUUUUUGAAUUCAAAUGAUUGGGGAGUAAAACUAACCACGGAAUAUAGCACAGAAAGUGUCAAUUUUUUAGAUCUUACAAUUUUUAUAGAAGACAAUCACAUUAAGACAAAGACCUUUUUCAAACAGGUAGACGUUAACAACUAUAUCUUUUUAAACAGCUGUCAUUUUUCUCCCUGGUUGAGAAAUAUCCCAAAAGCACAACUAAUGAGAAUCCGUAGGAAUUGCACUGACCAGAGCACUUUUAAGACCCAAGCCAAUAGAAUUAAAAAUCAAUUUAUGGAAAAAGGGUAUAUGGAAAAUUCCCUUAUGAGCACUAUAAAAGAAGUAGAAACCAUGGAGAGAUCCUCACUGCUAGAAUACAAAUCAAAGGAAAAAAACGACAAAAACAUCUUACCUUUCAUUUGUAAUUUUAAUCAAGAGAGCCAGAGAAUAAAACGAAUUGUAAAUAGACACUGGCCCAUUUUAAGGAACGAUCCAAUGCUACACUCUAUAUUGCCAGAAAAACCGAGAUUUAUCUACAGAGGAGCUCCCAACCUAAAACAAAAAUUGGUACGGAAUCAUAUAAAACAUCAGACACCCACUCCUUUUUUUCAAAAUAAGGGUUUCUUCGGCUGUGGACAGUGUCUAGCCUGUAGGAGUACAAAGAACGAAAAAAGACACAUUACAGAAUUCUACGAUUCCAAAAGGGAAAGGAAAUACAAAAUACAGGAAAUGACUACAUGCUUUUCAAAAAGAGUCAUUUAUUUAUUGAAAUGUUCCUGCAAUCUUCUUUAUGUAGGAAGAACAAAACGCCCCUUAAACGUAAGAAUAAAUGAACAUGUACGCAAUAUAAAAAAAGGUUUCGAAAAACAUAGUGUUUCAGAACACUUUAGACUAGUACAUAACAAAGAUCCACAGUUUUUAGAUUUUUAUGCCAUCCAAAAAGUCACACUAAACUGGAGAGGGGAGGAUGAAAUAAGGAAGCUGGGAAAAAUCGAAACUAAAUGGAUUUUUAAUUUAAAUACUUUAGCUCCCUUAGGUCUUAAUGCAGAUUUUGAACUAUGUCAUUUUUUAUAAUUAUUAUACACAUAUAUACAGAAUUUAUUUCUAUUUAUAUUUAACAAUUAUUUUAUUUUAUUUCAUUCUUAUUAUUUUAGCAUAUCUUGCUUUAUCUAUUUUUAUUUUUUACGAGUCAUUUCUACUACCCUAAUUUAAAUCCAAUUUCCUACGUUUCUACCUUUACCAUUUUAAUUAAUUUUUAUUUUUAUUUUAUUAUUUAUUUUUUAUUAUUUUUAUUUUAUUAUUUAUUUUUCAUUCAUUCAUUUUUAAUUUUAAUUUCAUAUUUAUUUCACUUACUUUAAUUUUAUUUUUAUUAUUUUUAUUUUUAAUUUUAUUUUUAUAUUUUUUAUUUUUAUUUUUAUUUUUAUUUUUAUUUAUUAUUUUUUCAUUUAUUUUUAUUUUUAUUUUUUUUUAUUUUUAUUUUUAUUUUUAUUUUAUUUUAUUUUUUAUUUUUAUUUAUUUUCAUUUUUAUUCUUUUUUAUUUAUUUUUUAUUUACUUUUAUUUUUUAUUAUAUUAUACUGAAGGACAGGAUUCAUCAACUGCAAGAGACAUUAAUACCACUUUAGGGUGUUUUUAAACUCAAUCUGCUAUAAUUUUGGGAAUAAAGCAAAAAAGUUUACAUUUUAUUAUAAAAAAUGUUUUAAGUGAAACAUAGUAUGAAUACCCCCUUUUUUAAAUGUUUAUUAUGCACAAUGUGAAACCCAGAAUAUAAUAGUUCAUAAAAACUUUUAUUAUUUUUAAAAAAAGAAUUAUUCACAGAAAAGUUUAUUAAGUGUAGAAAUAUCACUGUUUACAAGAUAUAUGGUAUAUAUUGUUUUUAACUUUAAGUUUUAAAAUCCGCAUAUGAAAUAUUGCACACUGAUAUAUACUUCUUGCCCUUUUGAUAUCCUUUUUUUCCCACCAUUUCGGCUCUUUGUUUUGAGCCUGUUAUGAACUGGAACAUGAACUGAAAAACGACGAUAGCAAGGACUUCAUUGCCCAUCACCAUAGCGGUCCGCAACCGGAAAUGACAGUUAUAAACGCAAUGAACUAUGGGAGAUGUAGUAACAUCGAACCGGAAGUGACGCGACGCUAGUUUGGGCGCAUCACGGCAAAUCACCGCGGACCGGCAAAAAGGGAACUUUUGGCGGGUAAAGAAAGAUUUAAAAGCAAUGGAAGACAGAAGACGUCCUGAAGCUGACUGAGGAAGCCGAUUUUCGGUGAAACGCGUUUUGGCUGCAAGUGGAUUUAUGCUACACCACUGAAUACAUUAGUAUUACUUAUAUGUUUUUAUAUAACCCCUUUUUUUGUUUUUAUAUAUAGUCUGUAUAUUUUAAUACUGAUAAUAAACAUAUUUGCUAUAUAUUAUACCUAUUGCAUCCUGCACAAGUGAUUCAAGAAAGGGAUAGUGUCACCCUAUAAUUUGACACUGAACCUACAUACUUAGAGCCAGUUAUAAAAAGGCUCUUAAAAAGGUGAGCACUUUUCCUGGUUUUUAUCCACAUUGAUACACGUUGGUAUUCUAAAUACUACACUUAGUUUGGACGCUUUUCUCUGUUUUAUCUUAACAUACUCUGGAGAACAACAGACGGUCCAUCAUUGAGAGAGAGGGGUUGUGUGGUCUACCCAAAAGACACAGACGUUUGGAAGUUUAGAGCCUUACCACUGUAAAAGGCUCUAAAAAAUGUGAGUUAAUUUACAUUCGAACUCACAUAUAUAAUUGAAAUUGAUUCUUUAGACAUAUUGCACUAUUAUUUGUAUAUAUCUGUUUUUUUCCCUUUAUAUAUGUAUACGGAAAUACGAGCAUUGUAUAGAUGGUAAGUGCUUUCUGGCACUACAUAUAUAUAUUCACAAUAUUUAAAUUUACACUGAAGCGCUUCACUCACGGGAAUUGAGGAUUUAAAGGGAUAGACACCUGAUAAAUCUGUAAAUUUCCUCCAUUGUUUUUGGUGCUUUAGAAUUAUCUCUAAUGAGGUGCAUCUACCUCUUCUGAGACUCCUAAUGCCAGAUUGGUAAAUAUUAAUAUUAAUUCCUGUCCUAAUGUGUUUUACACCCCACCUCCUAUAGAAU